AUGGAUUCAUUUCCAUCGUUUAAAACUUUUCAUGAAAAUAAAUAUAAUCAAGAUGCAUUUACAAUUGAUAAUAGAGAUAUUCAAGAAAUACAAAGCAAUAUUCAAACAAAUCCAGUAGAAAAAACAAAAAAAUCAAAACGAAAUAGUGUUACAUCGAACAGUACAAAAGUGAUAACUAUAACACCUACGGUACAAUGUGAUAUUUGUUCUGUAUCUAUAAGUGGUCCUAUUGUUUAUGAUUCACAUAUAAAAGGAAAAAAACAUCAAGCACAAUUAAAAAUUUUACUUACUAAAAAUCCUCAAUAUAAAGCGCUAACAUAUGAAGAACUUUGUUCAAUAAAAAAACAAGAAUCAACUGUUGUGAAUAAUGAAAGUGAAAAAUUAGAAAUAUCUUUAUCAGAACAAACUAUAAAUGAAAAACAAAACGUACCACCAUUAAUACCAUCAAAAAAACUUAAUUGUAAUAUGUGUAAUAUUUCAUGUAAUAGUCAACAAAUGUUUGAUAAUCAUAUUGCCGGAAAAAAACAUCAAAUGAAAAUUAAACUUAGUAAUUUAAACAAUCCUGCCCCACCUCGUAUUGUUCCAGAUAAUAAUCCAUCAUCGUCAAAUUAUUGUGAUGUUUGUUCAAUACAAUUGAAUUCCGAAAAUGAAUUAACUGAUCAUCUUGCACAAAAACAACAUCAAACACGAGUGAAAGAAGCUGAAUUUUGUGCUAAAGAAGGAGCUGAUAUGAAUAUUAAUUUUGAUGAUUAUAAAAUAACAAUAACAGAUAUAGACAAAGAUAAUUUUGAUUAUCAAUGCACAUUAUGCAAGAAAAAAUUUCGAAAUAAAAUGCAAGUUAUUGAACAUCUUAAAAGUGCGUUUCAUAAUCGACUUUCUGAUCGAUCAAAAAAACGAAGUCUUUCAAAAGAAUCCAAUCGAGGAAAUAAUCAAGCUAUACGAGAAAAUAUUCCACGAAAUGAUAAUGUAACUCGUCGUCAAAAAUUUCCUUCAUUUCGUGGUUCAAAUAAAUCUUCAGGAAAAUCACGACCAUUUCGAUCUGAAACAUUUUCUCGUAAUCAAACAUUUCAAUCAUAUGAUCAAAAUACAAAUAAUAUUUUUGGUGCAUUUGAUCCAAAUAAUGAAGUAACAUAUUCAUCUGCUACUACUACUACUACUACUACUAAUAAUAAUAAUAAUAAUUACUAUACACCAACAAAACGUUCAAUACCAUAUGAAAAAACUUCAAAUGAAUAUGAUGGAUUUUUUCCUAAACGUACUCGUACAUAUAAUGAUGGCAAUGAUAAUUCACAAGAUUAUUAUUCAACUGAUAGAAAUUAUUAUUCAUCAACGGCAAAUACGAAUUAUCCAUGGAAUAAUAACAAUAAUAAUAAUUAUUCAUCACAAAUCAAUAGUUAUAAUAAUCAAUCAUCAGUAUCACAAACUUCAUGGCAAUAUCCAACUGAACCUCAGUAUGAUCAACAACAACAAUAUGCAAAUAAUCCUCCAUCAACUUAUAUUAAUUCAAUGCAUUAUCCUGCUAAUCAACCACCAUUGCCUAAUUAUGAACCACCACCAUUGCCAAGUUAUCCGCCACCAUCAUCUUAUACUCGUCCUCAAAGUUCAACUUUUGGUACUACAGGAAAUAAUAAUUUUUUUCCAACUCCAUUCGGUCAAUAA